CGUGCUGGUCCUGCGCGCGGCUCCGCGGAGGGAUGCUGCAUCCGCACCCGCAUCUCACCGCGGUUCUUCGGUGACGGACGGAUGGAGGACGAUGUGCGAACACGCGGUGUGGGAGCACAGACGUGGCGUGCGCCUUCGCGAGCCUUCCCGUGCGUCCGUUAGGAUUUCGUGUGCGCGCGUCACCGCCGACUUCUUCCAGACACGAAGGGAUGGAAAAGGGGGAAGAUCGUGUGAUGACUGUUUAUCUAUAGGCGUGUUUUCGACACCAGCACAUAACAGCAUGCUGCCGCCUUUGUGCUCCAUGUGCGUUAUUUUAACACCAGAUUACAGGUCAGUGGUGAUCCGGAUUAAAACCGAACCUUCACUGUUUUUCUCACGAGGAUUCCACCAAAAUAAAGAACCCUACUUGGUAAGAGGAGAAAUAGUUUUUGGAUUUUUUUUUUUUUUUUAAUAUCUGCUCAAACUUCUUGUGAUUCUCUGCCAAAACCUCAUUCAUCCAACCUGCUAAAUUUCCCCGCAGCUGUCAAUCCUCAGUCUGUGACGCGCACACACACACGUCCCCGAGAGCGCGCCGGCGUCCCUGAGCCCCCACAUCAGACUUUUUCAUGGCUGUGGUCUCCAGACGAUGGAAGAUUUUACUGGUGUUCAACAUAUUUGCGUUUGGGGGAUUCAUCACUUUCUGGGCCAAGUGUAACAGUCGCAGCGUCCAAAGCAUCGGUCCGGUGGUUCCGGUUGACUGGAAGAGGCCCCGGGCCAACGGGACGCACCCCGGCGCCGGCCAGGAGGAGGUGCUGAAGAGGCUGACCGUGCUGGAGGACGUGGUGUACAGACAGUUAAGCGGUCUGUCAAAAUCUCUUGGACUCAUUGAGGGCUUUUCGGGUCGGGGUAAAGGUGGUCUCGCUGCUACCCUGUCACCUGAUGAGGAGAGUGAUGCGAAAGUCUUGAGGGAGAAAUACGGCUACAAUGCCUACCUUAGUGACAAAAUCUCUUUGGAUCGAAGCAUCCCUGACUAUCGUCCCAGCAAAUGCAGAAAGCUGAGCUACCCGAGGGAUCUCCCUCAGAUCUCCAUCAUCUUUAUCUUCGUCAACGAGGCUCUGUCGGUGAUCUUGCGCUCAGUCCACUCGGCUGUCAAUCAUACACCAGCUCAUCUGCUCAAAGAGAUCAUCCUGGUGGACGACUACAGCGAUGACGAGGAGCUGAAAAGACCCCUAGAAGAGUAUGUGAACAGACGCUAUCCUGGUCUAGUAAAGAUCGUGAGGAACCACAAGAGAGAAGGACUCAUCCGAGCUAGAAUGGAGGGCUGGAAGGUGGCCAGUGGUGACGUAACGGGCUUUUUUGAUGCCCACAUGGAGUUCACUCCGUUCUGGGCUGAGCCAGUUCUGGCCAGAAUCAAAGAAGACCACACGAGGAUCAUUUUGCCAUCCAUCGACAAUAUCAAGCAUGAAACUUUUGAGCUUGAGUCCUACGGUAACUCAGCUCAUGGCUACAACUGGGAGCUGUGGUGCAUGUACAUUAGUCCACCCAAACAGUGGCUGGAUGAAGGGGACAUGUCUGCCCCAAUCAGGACACCUGCCAUGAUCGGCUGUUCUUUUGUGGUCCACCGUAACUUUUUCGGGCACCUCGGCCUGUUUGACCCAGGCAUGGAUGUCUAUGGAGGGGAGAACAUCGAACUGGGCAUGAGGGUGUGGUUGUGUGGAGGCAGUAUGGAGGUGCUGCCAUGCUCCAGAGUCGCUCAUGUUGCACGAACAAAGAAGCCCUACCACAAUGACAUUGGUAUCCACACACGACGUAAUGCCCUGCGUGUGGCCGAAGUCUGGAUGGAUGAGUACAAAUCCCAUGUCUAUCUUGCAUGGGGCAUCCCUAUGGAGAACCAUGGUAUCGAUUACGGAGAUGUCUCUGAGAGGAUUGCACUGAGGAAGCGAUUGCAGUGUAAGAACUUUGGGUGGUACCUCAACCAUGUUUACCCAGAGAUGAGGAAGUACAAUAACACCCUGUUCUAUGGAGAGACCCGUAACUCCAAAGCGAGCCACCUGUGUCUGGAUCAGGGGCCUAAGGAGAACAACACAGCCAUCCUACACCCCUGCCAUGGAUGGAGUCCUCAGUUUGGACGUUAUACCACAGAUGGCAUGUUAUUCUUAGGCCCGCUGGGCAGUACCGGAGAGGACACUCGUUGUCUGGUAGACAAUCAGAAAAGCAGAUUUCCGCAACUUGUUGAUUGUGAAAAAUUGACCAACAUUAAACAGAAGACAUGGGAUUUCUCACAGAACAACUCCUUCAUAAAUCAAGCCUCAGGGCGCUGUCUGGAGGUGGUGCCAUCAAAACUACAUUUUGGCCAUCUGGUGGUCCUGCAGACUUGCUCUGGGCAAAAGUGGACCAUGAAGUACAAAGCUAAGUUGUAGAACUUCAUUUGGACCAGUGACAGCAGAGGCUAUUCUCCUGAGAGCUCCUGUGACUCCUCAUCUCAC